AUGGCGUUUAGACCUCCUGCGAGGACGUCGCUGCAGCGUGGCACAGCGGGUUCUCGUACAGCCUCUGUGGCUGCUAGGCGCCUGGUUGUGCCGCGUGUCUCGCUGCUGGACGCCAUUGUCAAGCCGAUCACCACCAGCGGCCAGAUCGAUGACCUGAAGAAGGGCAUCGCCACGUUCUACGAUGAGAGCUCUGGGCUGUGGGAGGAGGUCUGGGGGGAGCACAUGCACCACGGCUACUAUCCGGCUGGCGGCGCUCCCAAGUCCAACCAGCAGGCGCAGAUUGAUAUGAUAGAGGAGACGCUUUCUUGGGCCGGCGUGGACACGCCACCCAAGACGAUGGUGGACGUCGGCUGCGGCAUCGGCGGCAGCAGCCGCCACAUAGCCCGGAAGUAUGGCUGCACGGCAAAGGGCAUCACGCUCAGCCCCGUGCAGGCGGCGCGCGCCAACGCGAUCAGCGAAAAGGCGGGCCUUGGGGACAAGUGCUCCUUCCAGGUCGCGGACGCCCUGCACCAGCCCUUUGACGACGGCAGCUUCGACCUGGUCUGGUCGCUCGAGAGCGGAGAGCACAUGCCCAACAAGCCGCAAUUCGUGCGGGAGCUGGCGCGCGUCUGUGCCCCCGGCGGCCGCGUCAUCAUUGUCACCUGGUGCCACCGCGUCCUGCAGCCCGGGGAGGAGCGGCUCAACGCCGAGGAGCUGGUGGGGGCCCUGCUGUCCCUGCUGGACCGCAUCUGCGAGGCAUACUACCUGCCCGCCUGGUGCAGCAUCGCCGACUACCAGCGCCUGUUCGAGGCGGAGGGGCUGGUUGACGUGAAGACAGCCGACUGGUCCAACGAGGUGGCGCCCUUCUGGACGGAGGUCAUCCGCAGCGCCCUCACCACAAAGGGGAUUGCUGGACUGUUCAAGGCCGGCUGGACGACCAUCAAGGGGGCGCUUGUGAUGCCCCUGAUGGCGCAGGGCUUCAGGAUGGGCCUUGUCAAGUUCGUGCUGAUCACAGCCAAGAAGCCUGAAUGA